GUGACGCCCUGCAUCUUGCCGAAGAGACGGGGAUACUGCCGCAUCCGAAUGAACCUCGCCUAUCGCUGCGGUCGGGAAGGGAACAUAACAAAGACAAAACAUCGGCCACUUAACCAAACGUGGCUUAAAAUACUCGGAUAAUGACAGAGACUACUAAAACGCACGUUAUUCUGCUGUCAUGCGGAAGUUUUAACCCAAUCACUAAAGGACAUAUUCAUAUGUUUGAGAAAGCCAGAGAGCAUCUUCACAAGACUGGGCGUUUUAUAGUGAUUGGUGGAAUUAUUUCUCCAGUUCAUGACUCCUAUGGAAAACCGGGUCUGGUCCCCAGCAGACAUCGUCUUACCAUGUGUCAGCUGGCAGUUCAGUCUUCUGAUUGGAUCAGGGUGGACCCCUGGGAGUGUUACCAGGACAAAUGGCAAACUACCUGCAGUGUGCUGGAACACCACCGAGACCUCAUGAAGAGAGUGACAGGGUGUAUUCUCUCCAAUGUGAACACACCCUCUACAACCCCUGUGAUUGGCCAGCCGCAGAAUGAGACCUCAACCAUCUACCAGAAUCGUAACACAGCUAACAAACCCACAGUUGUUAAACUGUGGGGAAAGAUGAGUGAAAGCUUUGGCAAAAUCUGUUGUGUUCGCCCAAACAUGGACCGUUUCACCUUUGUGGAUGAGAAUGCCAACCUGGGGACUGCCAUGAGAUAUGAGGAAAUUGAGCUGCGUAUCCUUCUCCUGUGUGGAAGUGAUUUGCUGGAGUCAUUCUGCAUCCCGGGCCUGUGGAAAGAGAGUGAUAUGGAGGUGAUUGUGGGAGACUUUGGGAUAGUGGUGGUGCCUCGGGAUGGAACUGACACAGAGAGGAUAAUGAAUCAUUCGUCUGUCCUGCGCAAGCAUAUGGACAACAUACUUGUGGUAAAAGAUGACAUCAACCACCCGAUGUCCAUUGUCAGUUCGACCAAAAGCAGACUGGCCCUCCAGCAUGGUGAUGGCCACGUGGUGGACUACCUCUGCCAGCCCGUCAUCGACUACAUCCUGCAGAGUCAGCUCUACAUCAACGCCUCAGGAUAGGAGGGGUGCAGCAGCAUCCAUCCCAGCCGUAGUUCUCGUCUGUCUCUGUGUGUCCGUCUUACAGUAUACUCCUCCUGCGCUGUCGCUUUUCCAUAUAGAGGAGCAUUAAGUAUCCAUGUGCUUUUCUUACUGUCUCAUAGUGACUCACUGGGCCUGAGAGUGUACAGUAUUGUGCCUGAGAGCUCUGUUUAUAUGGACUUCUUCCACCAAUAGGAUUCUUUGGACUGUGAUCGGGGAAGGGGCCAAUGGGCGAGACAGAGAGAGGGGGGAUGGGGACAGUAAGCGAUUGGUCAUGUGGCAAGAAAGUGAGAAGGAGAAAUGAAACAUUACCUGCUGUAAUGUUGGGCUCUGCUGUUUAAUUUCCUAUUGACACUUUCCUCAAGUGCAUGCAUGGAUUUUUUAUUUUAUUUUGCGCAUGAGAUCUUCUUCUUGCUUAUGUAGACUGUAGUCUGUUGUGGCAGUGUGUGCUGAGGAGCUAUAUAUUUGCAUAGACGCAUUCCAUCUCUGUCCCCAUUUUCUAUUAUCUACCGUCAUUGUAUAUAGGAAAACUGGAUUGCUGUUGUGUUGCUGUUGCACACUUACGACUGCAGUGCUCUGUCUGCAGUGUGCCGUCAUGCAUACAUGUACAUUGUUUUGCACACUUCUGUACACGUCUUUCUCUUUAUGAAAAUAUCAUUUCACACAAUGCUGUUGUUUGCUUGCUUAAAUACUACCACAAAUCCUCAGAUAAUUCUCAGAUGCUUAGUAAUGAGAUGAACAUGUCAUCUGUGGCAUUCCUCAGCUGUGUGUACUACAGAAGUACAAAGCUACUGGAUGAGAAGUCCAGGUUGGUGUAUCCCGGUCAGAAUCGUCACAGCCACCCACUCCGAGAGCAUGGAAUCCCCAGAGAGGACGCUGCAAGGACGCGUAUACAAACAUGUGAAAAAAAACCUCGAUCUGAGCAGCUUGUCUAGCUGACAGGCCAGGGAGGAUGGGGAGGACAGGGCCAUUCAAACAAGUCUGUGAUUGAGAGCGAAGAUUAAAACAGACUGAAGGGGGGCAGCUGUCACCAGAGGAGGGAGAGCUCAUCUUCUGGGAGGGGAAAGCAAGGCAGGCAGUGAGAACAAAACAAAACUGAGAGUGCACGGUUUUCAGUGUGUCAUGUUCCCCCUUGGACACAAGGAUUAGCCUGUUACAGUUUAAAAUGACAGAUUAUCCCAACCAAUUUGUAUCCGUCUGUUUGUGUACUGCUAGAAGGAUAUAGCAGGUUAAUGAUAAAUAGUGAUAAAUAUGCUACACAUGACAAAAUAAUUCCAACCUAUGCUAGAGUGAUGUAAAUACAGUACACUCUAAGAAAGAGAAGAAUGUAAAGAAGAAACAGGGUAUAAAUCCAUAUAAUAGAAAACGAUUUCCUUAAUAAUAAAAAAUAAUGUUAACAUGUUCUCCCAUUGCUUUGCCUUUGACCCCAACAAGUGUCAGUUUUUCCUUUCCUGUAGACUUACAGUAUGGUGAUAAUGUUUUGGGUAAGAUGAAUUUUAUUUCACAGAGGAACUUUGUUGGGUUGUAAGGAGUGGAAAACGUGGAAAAGAGUAGUCUGCAAAUGGCAUACUUGAAUUUCAUAGAACUAUGACCAAUGCUACACACAUUCAGUAAUAUUUUUAAACUUGCAUGAAAUUUGUAGGUACAUGUUGGGGGAAUUCCCAUUUCCCACAUUUACAAGAAAACAUGAAAUGGCAUCAACAUUCCGAGCAACCUGUAUGAAAAAGAUCAAUAAAGCGUGUGGUAAUAUAAUAAAAAUCUUCAGAGCAUGGCUUUUGCUCAUCAGCACCUCAUAGACCACCAUAUUGCCUCACUGCCAUGCUACCCAUCAAGACAAAGGGGACGACUCCUCCUCUUUGCUACUUUGGCCAAAUCUGUCAGCCAGUUUAGCAAGUCUUUGUUUUCUUAGCUAGUCUCAGCAUAGAUACAGCAAGAUGAACUAUUUAUCAAUGUGUGAUAAGAAUAAUUUAGUACAAUUAUAAUUAUAGGACUCUUUCCAUUAGGGCAAAGUGACCAAAUUCACACAAGGAGAUCAAUCGGGAUCAUUAUCCCUAAAGACCUAAAGAGGAUGGACAAUCAUGACCACCUAGCCAGUGUCAAACUCCAAUUCAAUGGUGUGGACAUGGCUUAGGGCUUAGGCUGUCAUAACAAUAACUGAGCCACCUUUUUUAAUGUUUUAUUAAUGUUUAUUUGUAUUCUUGAUGUUGAAUUUCACAUCAUGCUGUGUAAUGUGAAAUAGGCUUGGUUGUUGAUCAGCCACUGUGGGUCCCUGCCUUACAGCACAAGGAAUUUAUCACCUAUCCUGUGUAGUAUGUCUCAAAAUGUGUCAGAACCAGUAGGGUAAAUACCACCAAGAAGAAACUCAAUUGCUAUGUUCAAAAGCAUAAAUAAAAAGAACAGAAAGAAUU